CAGAGCUCCCCUGGCGGUCCCGGGCGAUGCCUCCGCUCUGGGUCCUGCUGGCCCUCGGCUGCGUGCCGUUUGGCUCCACUGUGAACCUCCAGCCUCAACUGGCCAGUGUGACCUUGGCCACUAACAACCCCACACUCACCACGGUGGCCUUGGAAAAGCCUCUCUGCAUUUUUGACAGCUCAGAGCUGCUUGCUGGCACCUAUGAGGUCUAUCUGUAUGUCAUGGUCGACUCAGCCAAUCCCAGGAAUGCCUCCGUGCAGGACAGCAGCAAGACCCCACUGAGCUUGACCGCCCAGCAAACCCAGGGUGGGAGGACAGGCCCCUAYAAGGCAGUGGCCUUUGACCUCACCCCCUGCAGUGACCUGCCCAGCCUGGAUGCCAUUGGGGAUGUCACCCAGGCCUCAGAGAUCCUGAGGGCAUAUCUGGUCAGGGUGGGCAGCAACGGGACCUGCCUGUGGGACCCCAACUUCCAGGGCCUCUGCAACCCGCCCCUGUCUGCAGCCACGGAGUACAGGUUCAAGUACGUCCUCGUCAAUGUGUCCACAGGCUUAGUACAGGAUCAGACCCUGUGGUCAGACCCCAUCCGCACCAACCAGCCCACCCCCUGCUCGGCCAUCGACACGUGGCCAGGCCGGCGGAGCGGGGGCAUGAUCGUCAUCACGUCCAUCCUGGGCUCCCUGCCCUUCUUCCUGCUCGUGGGCUUCGCUGGCGCCAUCGCCCUCAGCUUUGUGGACCUGGGCGAUUCUGAUGGGGAAACCACGCACGACUCCCAGAUCACACAGGAAGCUGUGCCCAAGUCCCUGGGGACCUCAGAGCCGUCCUACACGUCUGUGAACCGGGGGCCGCCCUUGGACAGGGCUGAGGUGUACUCCAGCAAGCUCCAGGACUGAGACCCCUGACUGGCAGCCUCCCCACACUGUCCURGUCCUGGAGCCCGUGGUGGUCAGUGUUCACGCCCCGACU